AUGGAUGACAGAAAUAGAGAUAUCACCUUUCUCACUCCCCAGCCAUCUUGGCAACUGCUCUUGGUUGGGGCCAUCCCAACCAAGGAGAUGAAAAAUUCACUGGAGUCAAUUAAUUCUCGGCUCCAACUCAGGAAAAGUGGAAAUUACAUGCUGGAGUACAAGCAGACUCUAAAGAUGAUCAGACAAGGCACAGCAAAAUUGGUCAUCCUUGCUUACAACUGCCCAGCUUUGAGGAAAUUGGAAGUAGAGUACUAUACAAUGUUGGCCAAAACUGGUGUCCAUCACUACAGUGGCAAUAAUAUUGAACUGGGCACAGCAUGCGGAAAAUACUACAGAGUAUGCACACUGGCGCUCACUGAUCCAGGUGAUUCUGCUAUCAUUAGAAGCAUUCCAGAACAGACUGGUGGAAAGUAA